AUGUACAAAUUGAACACUGUCGACAUAGAUUCUGAAGAGGAAACAUCUUGUAAAAGGUUGAAGCAGCAGAGACCGCGAAAAACAGCCAAACAUUUAUUUGACGACUCUGAAGACGAAUCAGUUAAUAAACCGUUGAAGCAGAAACCUCGAAAAACAGCCAAACAUUUAUUCGACGACUCUGAAGAGGAAUCAGUUAAUAAACCAACUAAAUCAUCAGCGAAAAAGUCGUCUACCAAACGCAAGUCAGCAGAGAGCUCGAGUGGAGACAAACGAACUCGAGCCUCAGGGUGGAAGCUGGACUUGGACGACGACGCGGACGUCGAGAGCAGUCGCGCGCGCAGCCAGCCCGGCCGCCUGCAGUCCGUGCUGACGCGCCGAGUGGCCGACGGAGUCCUGCGCCGCACCGCCUCUCUGCCUGGGGAUCUCUUCGUGGAGUUGCGCCUCUACAACGCGGACGAGAUACGAGCUGUGCAGCCGAAAGAUCGUUGGGAGAAGGCGGUAUUGUCACUCAAAUACCAAAGCAGCUCUAACGCCGAACAUCUUGACCUACUGCGGCAAUUCGUCACGCGUGCGCGAGAGGCAUUCGAAGAGGACGGUACUUUUUUCGCUGAUAAAAAAAAUAGUUCGUAAUUUGUUAUUAAUUAGUUAUUUAAGGUAAUAAAAUAAAAUACUUU